UAGACUGAAGGCACUUGCCCAGAAUUUCUGGCACUUAUAAGAGACCUGCAGACGUUGCUGGCUUGAAGAAAGCAUCUUUUCUGCUGCCAUGACAACCAUGCAAGGAAUGCAACAGACGACACCAGGGGCUGGUGCUGGUUUUUACCAGCCAGGACCUCAUGCUUCUCAAAACGAGUACCAAUGGCUAGGGAUGCCAGAGAAGUUCUUGAAGGGGGAACCCAAAGUCCUCGGGGCUGUCCAGAUUCUGAUUGCCCUGGUGAACUUCAGCUUGGGAAUAAUAAUGACUACUGGUGUGGUGUCAUUUAAUGGAAUUUAUGAUCGUCCUUUAACAGUGUACUCAGGGUACACAAUUUGGGGGUCGGUGAUGUUUCUUAUAUCAGGGUCCUUGUCAAUUGCAGCAGGAACCAGAACUACAAGAGGUCUGGUCCAAGGUAGCCUAGGGCUGAACAUUACCAGCUCUAUCUUUGCUGCAUCAGGGAUCUUAGUCACUAUGAGCAGCAUAAUCGUUUUCUCAGUCACUUUCCCUUUGUGUAGAAAUCAUCAGAACUCGGAGAAUUGUUCCAUGCUUGUAUCUGCUUUAAUGGGUAUGGAUGGUAUGGUGCUCAUUUUAAGUGUGCUGGAGUUCUGCAUUGCUGUGUCCCUCUCUAUCAUCGGGUACAAAAUAAUCUGUUGUAAUCGUGGUAAGGUUGUGUUCAUUGCUUCAUCAAAUCCUCACGUGGCAUAAACAGCAUCUCCUGCACCAGUUACAGGAUAUUUGAUGCCACCAACAGAUCAACAGGGAAAUGUUCCAGAAAACCUUUCUUGACAGUUAUGCAAGAACCCCACUUGGGAAAGUAACAGAAUCCAACUCUGACUUUAAUAUAUUUAUCUAUAUAAAAUUCAGAAAUAUGUUCUCGUUUUCUCCCCAGAGCUCAUUUCGCUGGCUCUUUAUCAUCAAUAGCAGAAAUUAAAUAAAUGUAAAAGUCAAUAGGACCUGAAAGUUUUUCAUCCAGCUUCAGGACUUUUAUAGAAGGACAUAAGGUGGUAAAUAAGAUUUGGCAGAAUAAGGGCAAAAAGAUAUUGCUGAAUGAGGCCUCCAUGCAGACUACAUAUUUCUGCUUCCUUGGUCAAUACUUCUCCCUCUUGUGUGACUUUCUCUUCCUGCCUUUGGCAAUACAAGGUAUUUUAACAUUUAGAAAGUUGAGAUGCAUGGCUUUUCCUUCUCUUCCCUUUUCCUUCUCCUAUUGAAAAUAACUUCGAAUAGCACAGUCAGUCCUUGCAUGUGCACAAACCAUUAUU